AUGUCCUCCUGGCUCAAGCUCACCGCCAGAGCCCUGUCUCUGAGCGACGUCUGCACCGUAUCAAACGUGCAGGCUGCAUUGCCCUCCAAUGGCACGCUGUUGGGCCUCAGUCUCAUUCCGUCCUCCGUCACAGCCACGGUGACCAAUUCCUCCACCAGUGGCGGUAUGGGCGGCGGCAUGCCAAUGAUGAGAAGACAGUCUUUCUCAACCCAAUACUGCGCUGUCACCGUCACGUACACGCACCCUGGCCAGGGCGACGAGGUCAAUCUCAAGUACGCUUUUCCGAGCCCUUCGGACUUCAAGAACCGUUUCUACGUCGGCGGUGGAGGCGGUUUCUCCCUCUCGUCGUCUGCCACGGGAGGUCUCAGCUAUGGUGCCGCCGGCGGGGCCACCGAUGCUGGAUACGACGCCUUCGACCAGUCGUACGACCAGGUCGUCCUUUAUGGCAAUGGAUCCAUCAACUGGUAUGCCACCCACAUGUUCGGCUACCAAGCACUGGGCGAGAUGACCAAGAUCGGAAAGUACAUCACCAAGGGGUUCUACGGACUCUCCAACGACACCAAGAUCUACACGUACUUCGAGGGCUGCUCUGACGGUGGACGCGAGGGCAUGAGCCAGGUUCAGCGCUGGGGCGACGAGUACGAUGGUGUCAUCGCAGGCGCCCCGGCCUUCCGCUUUGCCCAGCAGCAAGUCCACCACGUCUUCUCCUCCGCAGUGGAAAAGACUCUUGGCUAUCUCCCGCCCCCCUGUGAGCUCGAUACGAUUGUCAACGCCACAAUCAAGGGCUGCGAUAAGCUCGAUGGUCGGGAGGACGGCGUCAUUUCUCGCACCGAUCUCUGCAAGCUCAACUUCAACAUGAAGUCGAUCAUCGGACAGUCCUACUACUGCGCCGAGAAGAACAGCACUUCCUUGGGCUUCGGGUUCCAGAAGCGUCAGCAGACCUCGGGGAGCACCACAAGCUACCAGCCUGCUCAGAACGGCACCGUCACCAAGGAGGGCGUCGCCGUCGCUCAGGCCAUCUACGAUGGGCUGCACAACACCGCCGGGGAGAGGGCCUAUCUUUCGUGGCAGAUUGGGUCUCAGCUUUCGGAUGCGAACCCGACCUACAGCUCGGAAAGCGGUGAAUGGGAACUGAACAUCCCUUCGACCGGAGGCGAAUAUGUCACCAAGUUCGUCCAGCUCCUCGACCUGGACAACCUGUCUGACCUGGAUGGCGUCACGUACGACACGCUGGUUGAGUGGAUGACAAUUGGCAUGUACCGGUACUUGGACACCCUGCAGACAACCCUGCCGGAUCUUACCACCUUCAAGUCCUCUGGCGGAAAGCUGCUCCACUACCACGGCGAAUCCGACCCCAGCAUCCCUUCUGCUUCCUCGGUGCAUUACUGGCAGUCUGUGCGGAGCGUUAUGUACCCCGGUGUCGCGGAUGACAAGGCUCUCAAGGACAUGGCCAAGUGGUAUCAGUUCUACCUGGUCCCCGGCGCAGGCCACUGUGGCAGCAACUCGCUCCAGCCCGGCCCCUACCCUCAGAACAACAUGGACAUCAUGAUUGACUGGGUGGAGAACGGCGUCCAGCCUACCCGCCUCAAUGCCACGGUUUCCUCGGGCGACUAUUCCGGCGAGACCCAGAUGCUCUGCCAGUGGCCGACACGUCCGCUCUGGAAGAAAGCUGAUUCUUUUCAGUGCGUGACGGACAAGAAGAGUAUUGAGGCCUGGACUUACGACUUCCCCGCCUUCAAGGUGCCCGUGUACUAA